GGCCGGUUGGGCUGCUGUCAUGUCACAGGAGCUGUGCUGAGCAGAGCAGCUACAGCUCCUCAGGAGGGGAAUUAAACUCGACUACCUGCAGAGGCCCAGGAAGCGGAGAUGGACUCGACGUGGACCACCACUGUGCUCCUGGUGCCCUGCGUGGUCCUGCUAACAGCUGGAUUUUUCUACCUCUAUGGUGUAAUCAUGGGACUGUUGUCCAAAACGUCUGUACGCAACAAGGUGGUGGUUAUAACUGAUGCUUUAUCUGGGCUUGGAAAAGAGUGUGCAGGCGUGUUUCACAAAGGAGGCGCGAGGCUGAUCCUCUGCGGGAAAAACUGGGAGAAACUCGAAGAACUCGCUGAUGAUUUGGCAAAUUCUUCGGAUCCAACAGUGACAUUUCCUCCUAAGUUGGUGCUGCUGGAUUUUGGAGAUACGGACAGCAUGCCUGAGGCGAUUGCAGAGAUCCUGGACUGUUACGGGUGCCUGGAUAUUAUUAUCUUUAACAGCAGCAUGAAGGUGAAAGCUCCAGCACAGACUGUGUCUCUGGAGGUGGACAAACUGCUGAUGGACAACAACUACUUUGGGCCCGUCACUCUGGCUAAAGGCGUGCUGGCCUCCAUGAUCUCCAGGAGAAGUGGUCACCUGCUGCUGGUUAACAGCAUCCAAGGGAGACUAGCUGUGCCUUUUCGCAGUACCUGUAAUCUGUUGUAA